AUGGGCGACACGUCGAGCGGCAAGUCGUCGGUGCUCUCGGCCAUCUCUGGCAUCUCAUUUCCGUCCUCGGACGUGCUCACGACGCGGUGUCCGACGCAACUCAUUCUGACGCACGCGUCAACGUUUGCAGGCAGCGUCCGCCUCUUGCGGUACCAAUCGAGUGCCGCCGACACGUCGCCCAAGAAGAUUGAGACGCUCGACGACGUGACGGCGGCGAUUGAAGAGUUUACGCAGCUCCUCAUUGACGAAGGCCAAGUCAUCUCGGACGAUGCAAUCGAGAUCAAGCUCCAAGGCCCCGCCUUUCCGAAUUUGACGCUCACGGACCUUCCGGGCCUCGUGCGCACAGUGCGGGACGACGAAGACCCGGCCAUGAUUGGCCGCGUCCGCGCGCUCGUGGACCGGUACCUCGUGCAGACGCGAACGAUCAUCCUCGCCGUCGUGCCGGCCAACGUCGAUAUGCACAACACGGAGAUCCUGCAGGCCGCCGAGGCGGCCGAUCCCGACGGCACGCGCACGAUCUCGAUCAUUACAAAGCCCGACCUCAUUGACGACGGCGCCGAGCAGAGCGUGAAGGAGCUGCUCUUGAACACGACCAAGAAGCGCCGACUCGGGUACCACAUGGUCAAGUGCCGCGGCCAGCGCGCGCUCUCGUCGGGCGUCACGAUCGCAAAGGGCCGCGAGGACGAAGCGGCGUUUUUCAAGACGCACCCGGUGUGGCGCACGGUGGACCCGGGCCUCGUCGGCACGGAGAAGCUCGCGGCCAAGCUCUCGGCGCUCUUGGUCGAAGCGAUUGCGAGCGCGAUGCCGGCGGUCUUUACCGAGAUUGACGCGCAGAUGAAGGCAUGCGCAGUGGGUCUGCGCGCGAUGGGCGAUGCGAUGACGACUCCGAGUGCACGCCGCGCGCACUACAUGCGCCACGUCGGCCUCGUCACGAACCGACUCGCCGGCGCGACCAACGGCGACUAUGACGACGGCGCGUUUUUCGACACGACGUCGGCGGCGUCCUCGGUCGACAACCGUCUCCGCGCGCACCUCUGCGUGUUCGACACGAAAUUUCAACAAGAAAUCGAAGCGCUCUCGGUGGUGACCACCGUCAACGUCGACCGGUCCAAGGAGAUGCCGGCGGUCGGUGACUAUGUCGAGGUCGACGCCAAGAACCAAAACAAGUGGAUUGUCGAGCGCGUCAUUAGCGUCAAUGGCCGCUCGAUUAUGUCGGCCGUGUCGUCGCCGGGUGCGUAUACCAACUACUGGCGGUUCAUCCCGACCCAAGACAUUUCCGAGCUCAAGCAGCUUUUGCGGGAGAACCGCGGGAACGAGCUCCCACUCUUUGUCUCGAGUGCCAUGUUUGGCAACAUUGUGCGCGAGCGCUUCGUGACCAAGUGGCGUGCGCCGAUGAUGACGCUCUUCCGCGCGUACGAGACGCUGCUGGAAGGCGUGGCCGCGCGCGUGGUCUCGUCGACGCAAGCCAACCCGCGGGUGCAGGCGCACCUUUUGCGCGUCGUCAAGGACGUGCUCUCCGACUUGUCGGAGACGGCCGAGCUCGAGCUUGAAAAGGUCUUGGCCACCGAGAGCCGCCCGUAUACGCUCAACGGCGACCUCUACGAGAGCCUCCAGGAGCGCCGCCUGCAAGCGCUCCAGGACGGUCUGAGCGCGCUCUCAGCGGGUGACGAGACGGCCAACGUCUCGGUCGGCGCGGUUCAAGCACUCAUGCGCGCGCACGGCGGCACGUGCAACGAAGACGCGCAGGCGCUCGACUUGCACAUGGCGAUUGCGGCGUACGUGGACGUGGCCAAGACGCGGUUUACCGAUGCGAUCCCGAUGCGCCUCAACUCCCUCGUUGUCGACAGCGUGGCCAACACGGCGGCGCGCGAGAAGCUCGAGGCGCAGCUCGCGUCGCUCAAGAAGGCCAAGGCCGAGAUUGUCGCGCCAACGUCCUUGUAG